AUGGCGGCCACCAUGAAGAAGGCGGCUGCAGAAGAUGUCAACGUAACUUUUGAAGAUCAACAAAAGAUAAACAAAUUUGCAUGGAAUACAAGUAGAAUCACAGAGCUGAAGGAGGAAAUAGAAGUAAAAAAGAAACAACUCCAGAAUUUAGGAGAUGCUUGUGAGGACAUCAUGCUUGCAGAUGAUGAUUGCUUAAUGAUACCUUAUCAAAUUGGUGAUGUUUUCGUUAGCCAUUCUCAAGAAGAAACACAGGAAAUGUUAGAAGAAGCAAAGAAAAAUUUGCAAGAAGAAAUCGAUGCUUUAGAAGCCAGAAUGGAAUCAAUUCAGCAAGUGUUAGCGGAUCUGAAAGUUCAGUUAUAUGCAAAAUUCGGGAGCAACAUAAACCUCGAAGCUGAUGACAGUUAAACAUUUUAUAAUACUUUUUUAAAAUUUGUUUAAUAAACUUGAAUAUUGUUUAAAAUGAUAAUUUCCCUUCUUCAAAUGAUAUGGAAAGCAAAAGUUUCUUUUUUUAAAAUUUUCAUUUAUUUAAUGAAACUUGCCUAUUUUCACAUGUCUUGCUUAUUUAUUUUAU